AUGUUAAAGUUGCAGGAGAAAGUGAUCUUAUGGCAUAUGCAACAUGACCUCAACAUAGCUAAUGAUAUCAACAAACGACAAUUCGGCUUUAAGAAGGGCUGCUCCACAGAAGCGGCACUUCAUAAAGUUACUCACACCAUUGAGCGCAGAAUAGCCAAGAAAGGAUAUGUCCUAGGUGUCUUUCUAGAUAUAGAGGGCGCCUUCGACAAUGUCUCGUUCAAGGCUAUCUCUGAAGCAGUCAAGGCCACGAAAGUGGACUUGGCUACAGCACAAUGGAUCAUCAACAUGAUAGUCAUGUUUACCUGGAAUAGUAAGUGGACUCUAAGACCUAUAACAGUUGGCAACAACAUUAUAGGUCUUUCCAAGUCUGCUAAAUUUCUAGGAGUGACCUUGGACAGUAAACUCAACUUCAAUGAACAUAUCAUCAACACCACCAAAAAAGCCACGGCAUCCCUCAUGCAAUGUCGAAGAGCUGUCGGCCCUACAUGGGGUAUGAGCCCCAAAACAUGCAAAUGGAUGUACACGGCUGUCAUCCGUCCAAUCCUAUCCUACUGCUGUAGUAUAUGGAUCAGGGCCACUCAAACGGACUAUAACGCGAAGAAACUCAAACGUGUUCAGGCAUUGGCACUCAGAAUGAUGUCUGGUGCCAUGCCAAGCACACCUUUUAUCGCAUUGAAUCACCUCACCGACACUUCUGACAUCAUACUGUUCCUGCAAGGCGAAGCAGCAAAGGGUGCGGCCAGGCUACAAGCUUAUGGCAGCCUCACUCUUGAAACUAUCGCUUUCAGGAAGGGAACUAUCAAAAAUCAUACCACUAUCAACAAACAAUUCAUGGCAGACCUCAUUAUCCCACCUAGAGCAACGAGAGACCUAACAACACCAACCAUGAUGCUGGGACGGCACUUCACCGUCACAACUCCUGGAGCCGAUACCACUGAAUAUAGAAAUUCACUUCAAAACACCAUCGACAACAUUACCAGUGAAACGAUCACCUGCUACACUGACGGGUCACUCACAGACUCAGGAUGCGGGGCUGGCUAUAUCAUCACAACUGACAACAAUAACACCACCCUUGAAGAAAGAUCAUUCAAGCUCCCUGAUUAUUGCACUGUAUACCAAACAGAGCUCACCGCUAUCAUUGAAGCUUGCAAAUAUCUAUCUACAUAUACCAACACACACAUCAUCAUAUGGUCUGACAGUCUAUCAUCUAUUCACGCUCUCUCCGCACUUUCAACGCGGAGUAGAACUACAAGAGACUGUUACGACUCUCUUAAUUCACUCGGAUCCAACAACACGCUAGAUAUACGAUGGAUUGCAGCACACAUCGGAUUGUGGGGGAACGAAAAAGCAGAUGAGCUGGCCAAGCUUGGCACUAUCAGCGAAUCCACUUUGAGGUGUCCAAUUCCACAAUCCUACAUCAAGCGUCAAAUCGACAACAAAGCAGAGCAUCUCAAUGCUAUCCUCUCGUGGGCUAUCAUGGCCCAGCCUCUCUAA